GAGAGGGUGUUAGAGAGUGUGUGGUGUUCAGGAGGAGUGUGUGUGUGUGCAUGGCAGUGUGUUUACUGCUAAAUUAGUCCUGCUUUUCUCUCCUCUGCUUCCUGGUGAACAUGCCUGCUUUACUUUUUCCCGCUGAGAAAAUAGAAACGAGCCGAUGACGCUAGCAUCACUAAGCUUUGUCUGUAAAAAAACAAACACUUUUAGACCCUGAAGUGUGUUUUAAAAAGAAAAAUAACUAAUUUAAGCAGCAAGAAUCUGUCCGUUUUUCAUCAGUUUUGUUUGUUUGUGUGUUCUUUUGUUGUUUUUGUUUUUGUGUGUUUUGGCUGGCCUCAUUUGUCACCAUCGCUCUCACAACACCUCAGGUGACGUCAGUGAACUCCCAGGUAAAAACAAACAGCACUGCCUCUCCGAUCAGGACAGACACCCUGAGACCCAGAGAAGAGCUGAAGUCUUUCAUUACAACCUCCGGCUGCCACUGACUCAAACAUUUCAUUUUAAUGGAACUCUUAUAAAUCAUGCUGGAGCUUUCAGAUGAAAUAAUCCUGGCUCCUGAAUGUCCUCAGUGCUUUGAGCUGACGCUGCUCUGGUUCUCAGGGUGUCUGGAAGCUGCUCUGGUCCUCUAUCUGCUCUGUUUGUCCUGAAUGUUUCCUGUCGUUGUCACAUUUUAGUCCCUCGUACUUUCUCCCUGUGACGUCCUCUGACCAGUUUCACCUUCACGCAGGCGCCACACCAACCAUCCACGUGUGGGACGCCAUGAGCAAACAGACCCUCUCCAUCCUGCGCUGUCCUCACGCUAAAGGCGUCGGCUACGUCAACUUCAGCGCCACGGGGAAGCUGCUGCUGUCUGUCGGCGUGGAACCUGAACACACCAUCACUGUGUGGCGCUGGCAGGAAGGAUCCAAGGUGUGCAGUAAAGGCGGACACCCGGACCGGAUCUUCGUGGUGGAGUUUCGGCCGGACUCGGACUCCCAGUUCGUGUCAGUGGGAAUCAAACAUGUGAAGUUCUGGACGCUGGCUGGUGGUGCUCUGAUGUACAAAAAGGGCGUGGUGGGGACUGUGGAGGACGGCAGGAUGCAGACGAUGCUCUCUGUCGCCUUCGGAGCCAAUAACCUGACGUUCACCGGAGCCAUUAACGGGGACGUGUAUGUGUGGCGGGACCACUACCUGCUGAGGGUGGUGGCGAAGGCUCACACCGGGCCCGUCUUCACCAUGUACACCACGCUGAGGGACGGCCUCAUCGUCACCGGUGGCAAGGAGAGGCCGACGAAGGAGGGCGGGGCCGUGAAGCUCUGGGAUCAGGAGAUGAAGCGCUGUCGAGCGUUCCAGCUGGAGACGGGACAGCAGGUGGAGUGUGUCCGGUCCGUCUGCCGAGGAAAAGGGAAGAUCCUGGUUGGGACAAAGGACGGGGAGGUCAUCGAGGUCGGGGAGAAGAACGCGGCGUCCAACCUGCUGCUGGACAGUCACGCUCGGGGGGGAAUCUGGGGUCUGACCAAUCACCCUGUUAAAGACUUCUGCGUCACCGCCAGUGACGACGCCACCAUCAGACUCUGGGACCUCACGGACAAGAAACUGUUGAACAAGGUGUGUGUCGGCCACGCCGCUCGCUGUGUGACCUACAGCUCUGACGGAGAGAUGCUGGCAGUGGGGAUGAAGAACGGCGAGUUCCUCAUCCUCCUCGCCAACACGCUCAAGAUGUGGGCGAAGAAACGAGAUCGCAGCGUCACCAUCCAGGACAUCCGGUUCAGUCCGGACCGGCAGCUGUUGGCCGUCGGCUCCGUGGACAACACGGUGGAUGUGUACGAUGUGAGCAGCGGACCGAGUCUGAACCGACUGGUUUACUGCAGCGACAUCCCUGCUUUCAUCCUGCAGCUCGACUUCUCUGCUGACAGCUGCUACAUACAGGUGUCCACAGGCGUUUAUAAGCGGCAGGUUUUCGAGGUUCCUUCAGGGAAGCUGAUAAACGACCAAAUCAUCAUCGACAGAAUCACGUGGGCGACCUGGACCAGUAUUCUGGGAGAUGAGGUUUUGGGGAUUUGGCCUCGAAACUCAGACAAAGCCGACGUGAACUGUGCCUGCGUCUCUCACGCCGGCAUGAACAUCGUCUCCGGAGACGACUUCGGAUUGGUCAAACUGUUCGACUUCCCCUGCACAGAGAAGUUUGCCAAACACAAGCGCUACCUCGGCCACUCGGCUCAUGUGACCAACAUCCGCUUCUCUCACGACGACAAAUACGUGAUCAGCACAGGAGGAGACGACUGCAGUGUGUUCGUGUGGAAAUGUCUGUGAACGCACAGAUUUCUGCCGUCCGCAGACGCUUUGAUCCAAAGCACCUUUGACAGCACCACAAGUGGAUCCGGGGGGAAUCGGACCCACAACCUGAGCCACCACCGACCUUUUUCUUGGUGACAGGGCGGAGGACUACAGACUGCUGCCGGCCCAUCGAUCCACGGCACAUGAUGGAUCAUAUGAUGGAUCACAUGAUGGAUCACAUGAUGGAUCACAUGACACUCUACAGACCACGAAAAGGUGACAAGGAAAGAGAAGAUUCCUCAGAGACAACAUCAAAUGGUUUUGAUGAAAACUUUCUUGCUUGGUUCCAUUUUUCUUGUGAACAGUUUGAAUCUCACUCGAUCAGCACAGUGACGGGAGGUUUCAUGUUCUGAUCAGAUUCACUCAGAACGGCCGCGUGUUUUUAAACAAACUGCGUCUCCGGGUCGUUCACCGAAGACGUGAAGAGAGAAACGUUCAGCUCCAUCUGUCGGAGCUUCUCAGACAAAAUGUGAAGCACUUUCUGACCAGGCUGCUUUUAUAAAAGCUUUAAUUAUGAUUAAUAAAUCCUUUAACAAGCAUUUCAUUCAAACAAAUAUUUGCCAAUUUGGGAUAAAUCCUCCAUAUACGAGAUAUUUUUUCUUUUUAUCUCUAAGGUUUUUUAAUAACCAUCAAUUCAAUUCAAUUUUUCUCUUACACACUAAACGAUAGAGACACACAACAGUUCCCACAAGAAGGAUUUCAAAAUCUUUUUAUAAUUAUUUACAGCUGCAGAAUUAUUAACUUUGACUGUUGAUGUAGAAUCGUCUGAAUGUGGAAAGAAAAGUAAAUAUGAAGUGUUGAUGAUCAGAGUUCUGUUGUUUGAAUGAAUCUGAGUAAACCUUUUUGAUCAUCAGUAAAUAAACUAUCAAUAACUGAACAUUAAUGAAAAAUGCUGUGUAAGAAAAUAACCAAUAAGUUAAAAAAAGAAAUACUAAACAUGAAUAACCAAUUAAAAUAAAUGUCCCCUUAUAGUCUUUUAUAAACCUUUAAUGUUUUGGCGUAUCAGUGUUUUUCUAGUCAAUUAUAAAGUAUACUAUUACGUGUAACACACUUUCCAAUAAGUCUUGAGUUCUGCAGCUGUAAAUGUUGAGAAUUAAAUGAAUUACCUUCAGUUAUAAACGAUAAUGACUCAUUUAUAAUAGAAGGAGAGUUUCUGAAGGCUCCAGUUGAGAAGGACUCAUGAGUCUUACAACAAACACUAAUGAUUCAUCUGGUUAAUGUGGUCAAACAGACAAAGUGUCACAUGAAACGAGGAUUUUAUUUCUUCUUGUAACUGAGCUAUGGAGAGUUUGAAAACGAUAAAUUAAUCAUGAAUGAAUCUGUUGAUUAAAGCUUGUGAACUAUCAUCAGGAAGUUGAAUAACAAACAAACCAUGAUACAAGAUUCAGCUUUUGUCAUUAAACAGUUUCCUCCUGUCCAGGGGCCAGACGCACAAAACGUUCACAACUAAAUCACACAAGUCGGAAAUACUCGCACACAAGUUUUUCCCUCCUGAAACUCUUGUUUGAUCAUGUUUUUAUCUCUCAAGUGAAAAUAUCUUGUUGUAACAUGAAAAACAUCUUGAACCUCUCACAUUAUAACAUGAUGCUGAUAAAUAUAAUACGUUUCUUAAAGUCAAACAAAGAAACUGAAUAACAGCUUGGAAAUCAAAUCAAACUUUUUUCUUCUAUUCUUAAUUAAACCGGAUAAAGAUCUGAAAAGGUGCAGAGUCAGUUUCAGCAUUUUUUAGUCUAUAAUUGUUUUAUUGUUUUGGGCGAAAUAAUCAUUUUCUUAUUUGUGCCUUUAAUCGUCUCAUCAGUCACAGCGACCUAAAUAAAUAAUCUGUUUUGAUUAAAUUCCAUCUGGAGACACUCAAAUUCUUCUUCUUCACAAAUGUAAAUAAAAGUUUGUGUUGGCAUCAUUCACACGUUUGACCCCUGGAUUCAGUCUCGUCGCGCUCAGAAAAAAAAAACUAUCAAAUGAAGAGUUUACAGAAGCUGAUGGGAACAUUUUUGGAGAAUAAACUGUAACAGAGUCAGUUUCUGCUCAGAUUAGAAAACUCCUUCUGCGUUGGAAGAAAUUAUAUUUAAUUAUAUUUACAGAAACAUCCUUGAGUUUGUAAAGUCACGUCUCAUUUCGGUGUCUCAUCACUUAAGUGCCUUUCAGGGUCUUUCUACCUGUGUUCGUUUGCUUCAGUUAUGUUUUUUUUAUUUAUGGGGGGGGCUGCACCGUUGUUUUUUUAAACGCAUAUUUAAACUUAUUUUGUACUUGUACACUGUCUGGUGCUACUCUGAGAAUGUUCAAACUUGUAUUCAUCCAAAAUGUAUAAAAAAGAAGCAUUUUGCUUUGCUGCUGCUUUUACUUUGAAACAUUCAAAGCAACGUGAUCGUAAAAAACAACACUGGAGAAAAAUAUAUGUUCAGAGAAAUAUUUAUGGAAAAUACAUAGAUGUUAUUUAUGAGAGUGUGGAUGAGUUUUUGUGUCUGAACUGUUGAAUAUUAACUGUUGUGAAAAGUGUCAAAGAGUCUGUUUGUGUCGAGAUAAACAGAGAAAAAGAGAA